AUGCGUGAGUACUCGUGUCGAGGUUCACAUUUACACAUGAUGUCCAGUGCAGCACCGCAGACGUUUUGACGAGCAAACCCAGCUGACAUCGAAGUACCUCCUCGUACUCUUAGCCAUCCGAGAAUUGUCCACACCCCAUCCUUUGAUCGAUGCGGAUCCACACUUUGCCAGAGUGGUGCAAUACAUGAGGCCAUCCGAUUAUGCUUGGUGGGGAGGCGCGACAGCUGCGAUGCCUUUUGGUCUCUACUUCAUGGAACAGGUAGACAGUACCAGGAGCCCUAGAGGCAUCGGAUCGGCACUCAGAUUGGCCACCUUCUUGGGUGCUUGCGGUGGUUUCUUGUUUGCCUAUCAGAGGAGCAGCUGUGAGUUUCUUUCCUUGGGAGGGGGCCUUGGUAGGAGCUACAAGUGAGGACAAAAACCACGCUUGGCUUGUUGUAUCCAGCUGUCGCUGUUCGUCGUACAGGUGGCACCCUAGAUGACACGGCAGAGAGGCGCCUCGGCCAGCGCGAACUCUCACGAACAGCAGCACUAACGCAUCUGCCUUCGCACGACGCCUUUUUCAGUCCGUCUAUGGGGCUGGUCAGAGAAUAGUCUGGAGCUGGAGAGAGCAAAGUCAGACGAGAAGCCGUACGGUACAGACCCCAGCAAGAGCAGUCUGGACUCUCACUUGCAGAGCGUAGCUCACAGGAACAGCGCAUUCAGUCAACUCAAAUUCAGUAAGUCGCGCAUCGGAUGAGCAUGGUCCAAGAGGCAGUGCAUGGUUGAGAAGUGCUGUGGUGCUGAUCACGUUCGACUCUCACCCUUUCGAUUAUGAAAAGGCACAAUUCCUUGGUUCAAUGUCGUCGCUCAUCCUUUCCACGGCAAUGGCUCACAAGAGAAAUCAGAGUGA